GAUCCUGCUCUUGGAUUGAGUCACCAUCCUAGUCCGUGAGGAGCUGCAUGGGCUCCAGUCUGCCAAUGGCAGGAUUUCAACCCCCCAAACGCUGGCGUUCUGCCAGCCUGCCUGAACCAGAAACUGGCCAUACACAAAAGUGAAAUGGACCAGGGCCGGUAAAACCCGAGUGCGUUCAGCAUGAUCCAGAACUGCAGUCCGGUGGUCCAGGCGCUGCUCGGGACUUUAUUUACCUGGGGGCUGACAGCUGCUGGCUCUGCGCUAGUCUUUGUAUUUUCCAGUGGCCAGAGGCGGAUCCUAGAUGGAAGCCUGGGCUUCGCUGCUGGGGUCAUGUUAGCUGCAUCUUACUGGUCCCUCCUGGCUCCUGCCAUUGAAUUGGCUGAAGAUUCUGGGGAUUUCGGGGCUUUUGCUUUCUUCCCGGUAGCUGUUGGCUUCACCCUGGGAGCAGCUUUUGUCUACUUGGCCGACCUCCUCCUCCCGUUGCUGGGCAUCAGUGAACCUCCCCACGCUGCCUUGUCUAGGAGCUACGAUCCGAGAGCGGUGAAAGAGAAGUAUGACCCCGAGCCGACUUAUCACCAGGACUAUGGGAAUGAGCUCUCCAUCCGGAUAGGUAGAACUGGGCUUCAUUCAGACAGAGGUGAAAACGGGGAGCCCUAUCAAAGGCGGAAGGGCGCGGGAGCCAGCCAGUCAGAAGUCCCAUCUGCGUCUCAGACUUCUGGAGACAGCACCUUGACCCCAGGAAGUAGCAGUUGGAGGCGAAUUAUGCUGCUCAUUCUAGCUGUAACGAUACAUAACAUUCCAGAGGGUCUAGCUGUUGGAGUUGGAUUUGGGGCUAUUGGGAAGUCAGCAUCUGCAACUUUUGAAAGUGCCAGGAACUUAGCAAUUGGGAUUGGAAUUCAGAAUUUCCCAGAAGGCCUUGCUGUCAGCCUUCCUUUGCGUGGAGCCGGAUUUUCAACAUGGAGAGCAUUUUGGUACGGACAGCUAAGUGGCAUGGUGGAGCCUUUAGCUGGUGUCUUCGGUGCCUUUGCAAUGGUGCUGGCAGAACCCCUCCUCCCCUACGCUUUGGGCUUUGCUGCUGGUGCUAUGGUCUAUGUGGUCAUGGAUGACAUCAUCCCAGAAGCACAAACCAGUGGCAAUGGGAAGCUGGCUUCCUGGACCUCGAUCUUAGGGUUUGUGGUGAUGAUGUCCCUGGAUGUUGGACUUGGAUAAGGGCGGAUUUACUGUUGGCCAGCGGGAGAUGACAUCCGAGCAAUUUGCAUGGCAGCAGUUGGAACUGGAAACUUUUCUUCUUCUAAGAUUUUUUUUUUAUAUAUAUAUAUAUUGAUUAGGUUUGGUGUUGAUUAUCUAUGAUUUUAUAUAUAUAUAUAUAUAUUGCUGUAACAUAACGUUGAUUGUUUUCAAAGCACAAAAAUUGGUGGCUCCUUGCAGGUCCUGGGUUUCCUUUGCCACCAAGUUCUUUCUCUUCUCAACUGGGUCAUCGAUGAGACAUAUAUCAGCCAGGCUGCAGUUUGUGGUUUACUUUUCCUCCGAUUUUCGGGCAUUUCCAUAAUGGUCAAAACUCUUUUGGUUUUGACCAUACUUGUUCUGUAUGCAGUAAGAGAGUCGCAGUCAAAUGUCUAAAGAGUCUCCUGAUUAAAUAGAAGAACAAUUGAUGGGUAAGUUUGUGUAGUGUCUGAACUUCUGAACUCUCUCUUGGAAGUAUGGAAGUGCCAGCACUAAGAUGGGAACCUUCACAAAUAGAUGUGUCUAAUACAUACUGCUGAAGCUUGAGGAAUUUUCAGUGGCAUCAGCUAUUUUGUUGGAUACAAGUAAUAUGAACCAACAGAAAAAGAAACCUUGUGAGAAUCAUAUCAAGAUAUAGAAGCUGAGAAGAUACCAGUUUUCUCUGCUGGAUAUGUCUUUUUAAUGGGGCCUUACUCCAGUAUAGUCCAAUGGGCAAUUCUUUGCCUCUUCAAAAAAUUGAAAGAAGACAUCUGUUUUCUAAUGUGCAAUCUUUUAGGAUGCAAGCUGGUUAUAUAGAUUUGUUCGUAAGGUGCUAUGUGACUCUGUUGUAUAGCAGGGUUUAUUAUCCGCUUGGGCCUAUGGUUUUGUUUCAUAAAUUGCUGUGUUAUGGUUGCCGUUUUAAAUCCGAGUGAAAAUCUCCAUGAAGUAUUGAGUUAUCCUCUUCCCAGAAGUGGGCCUGUUAGCGUGGUCCCCCGGUGAAGGAGUUCACGUUAGCUUUCGAAGGAUAAAUCUGGUCCUCACGACAAUUCCCAUUUCCCCUGGCACUCAUCCGAUUAAUUCAUUGCCCAACACGGACACUCAGCAAUGCACCACCUUGGCGUUUUUUCUCCCACGUUCCAAGUGUGUGUUUGGCUAACAAUGGUUCCCAAACAUGCCAAGUCUCUUGUUUUAACAGAUCAGGAGCAAGCCCUGCUCCUCUUAGUCGGACAUGCACUCACACAGUGAGCAUGAUGGAAUUUGACUUUUUCACACUAAGCUGAAUAAUGAAAAGCAGAAGUCAAGAUAAUGACGGAGAUCACACAUCCCGGUUCACUUUCUAGUCAGGCUGUUCUCCCCCGUCAAAAUGGGGUUUGAUUAGACACUUGGGCAGGCACAGUAAAGAGCUGGAUUACCUGGCUGAUAUCUAGGCAGCUCAAGCCCUCCAGGCUUAUGUUUGUAAUAUGUAUGCCACAGAGAUUCACUCGUGAGAGUCAUGGGCCAUGUACUCCAGAGACAGUCUCCCAGUAAACGAUAAGUAGAUCCUCCUAGAGAGGCUGUAGGAAUGCAGCCAAGAGGACUAGGCACUAAUGAACUAAGUUAAAACCAUGGAAUUGUGGUUCGGUUCAGUUUGUUGGCUGGAUUUUGUCUGUAUUUAUUUGUAUGUCGUUCUGAAUAAUAUAAAAAUGCUGGUUGCCAAUGGACCUGACCUUUUUACUGUGAUUAGUUUCAAUAAAUGGGAAAUUCAGA